AUGUUUGCUUCACGAGCUGCGGCUCGCCACUGCUGCAGGAAAACCAGAGCGCCGGGAUUGACUCUUCCCGCACGACGCCUUCAUGGCCUUGCGCAAAGCAAGUUUCUCCAGGUCUCGGAGGAAGUUCGCGAUGCCGUAGCCACAGGAAAACCUGUGGUAGCUCUAGAAUCUACAAUCUACACUCAUGGGUUCCCAUACCCCGAGAGUGUUGCUCUUGCGUCGUUACUGGAAACCGUCGUACGGGCUAAUGGCGGUAUUCCCGCUACGAUUGGUAUUUUGAACGGUGUGGCCAAGGUGGGCCUUAGCGCCGAAGAACUUAUCGAGCUGGCUUCAACUGCAGAGAGCAAAAAUGCCCUGAAAGUAUCUCGCAGAGAUUUGGGUUACAUAUGCGGAUUGGGCUUGGCUGGGAAACGGGUGCACGGUGGCACAACAGUGUCGGGGACAAUGAUCCUGGCCCAUCUGGCUGGGGUUAGGGUCUUUGGAACUGGGGGUCUUGGCGGUGUACAUCGCGGUGGAGAGAAUUCUAUGGAUAUAUCCGCCGAUCUCACCGAACUGGGACGAACACCGGUGGCUGUUGUCAGCUCGGGAUGCAAAAGCUUCCUGGACAUCCCACGCACUUUGGAAUAUCUUGAGACCGAAGGUGUCUGUGUUGGGACGUUUGCGGAUGGCCGUGCGGGCCAGGUAGACUUUCCUGCGUUCUUCACGCGGGACAGUGGCAUAAAGAGUCCAAAGGUUAUUCAAGAUGAAGCAGAGGCAGCUGCCAUAAUUUAUGCGCAAUCAAAACUCCCAGUCUCAUCUGGAAUGCAUUUCGCCAACCCCGUGCCGGUGGAGCAGUCUAUUCCCAAGCAAGAAAUGGAUGAGAUUAUCGAGGAAGCAAUCCGGCUUGCCGAGGUCGAGGGUCGCCAGGGCAGCGACAACACUCCAUUUGUAUUAUCCAAAAUCAAGCAACUUAGCGGUGGUAAGAGUGUCGUAGCCAAUCGUGCCUUAGUUGAGGCCAACGUGCAGCGCGCUACUCGUGUCGCCGUGGAGCUUGCCAACUUGGAACAAUCUAAUGGAACGCUUAAUGAGCGGCAUAUGCCAGCAAUUUCUGGAGACGUCAGAGCUGACCAAGCAACUUCAGAGACAGAGCUUAAGCUCAAUCCAACUACUGAAGGAUCCAUCGAGGCACUAGACAAAGUAGACGUUCUUGUUGCUGGCUCUCUCGCGGUCGAUUUUUCCUGUGAUUAUGCUCCUCCUGCAGGAGAACAAGACAUCAAACCUAUUUCCGAUACUUCAAAUCCAGCCAACAUCAGACAGAGCCUUGGCGGUGUGGGUCACAAUGUUGCCAUUGCUACAAAGUAUCUUGGCAGCUCCGUUCUCUUUUGUAGUCUUGUCGGUGACGAUCUAAGUGGCCGUGCAGCCCUAUCGGCUCUUCAAAAAGAGGGGCUCUCCACCGCUGGUGUACAGAUACUGCCCGCUUCAAACGACGCCAGGACUGCCCAGUAUGUAGCUGUUAAUGAUGCUAGGAAAGACCUCGUUGUGGCCAUGGCAGACAUGGGUAUUAUGGAGCUGCCAGGGAAGAAUUUGGACUUUGGGAAUUUCUGGGAGACUCUCCUCUCCCGCACAAAGCCUCAAUGGGUCAUCGUCGAUGCGAACUGGAGUCCCGGGGUCCUUUCCAACUGGGUCUCUGUAGCCAAGAAGCAUGGCGCACGAGUCGCCUUCGAGCCCGUAUCCAAUGCCAAAAGCCGCCGUCUAUUCAGCAGAAGCGCCGAGGCAAAUGCGGCAAUUAGCCCGUCGACAUCCGUCCCCAACCAUGCGAUCAGCCUAGCGACCCCCAAUCAAUUUGAACUCACUACCAUGUACAUGGCUGCACGCGAGAGCGGGCUGCUUGACUCUGAUGGCUGGUGGCGCAUCAUAGAUGCGAUGGGCAUGUCAUCAGCAGGGGCUCGAGACCGGCUCGUAGCAAUGACAUCAAACCAUCUUGUAGAUAAGGGCAUACCCCAGCAGAGUAUCCAACUCCUUCCUUACAUUCCCUGCCUCAUUACCAAACUGGGGUCGCAGGGUGUUCUUGUCACUCAGCUGCUUCGCCCCGGUGACCCGCGCCUCACAUCACCCGAUUCGGCUCCUUAUAUCCUCUCACGUGCUGCAAUCACUGAUGAGUUGAUUGGGGGAGUGUACCUGAGAUUGUUUCCGCCAGCCGCCGUGCUGCCCGAUGAGGAGAUUGUUAGUGUCAAUGGAGCCGGGGAUACGCUUCUGGGAGCGGUAAUCUCAGGACUUGCGAAGGGAGCAAAGAACGUGGAAGAUGUCAUCCCUCUUGCACAGGAGGCUAGUCUUAGGACAUUGAAGAGCCCAGGAGGUGUUAGCAGUGACAUUGCUAGUUUGAGGUAUGUCUGA